AUGGCUGAAAAAGACCUCAAAUCCUCAGGAGCUCCGGCUGAAGCCCAGCACCAUUACGAGGACGCCACAUAUGAGCAGCGCCGCAACAUGUCUGUCUCCGAGAUUCACAGUGCUAUCCGCUCGGGCUCGGUGCCUACGAUCCGCAGCAGAAAGGAAGCUCUGGAAGUUGCCAAGGCUGGAGGAUGGGAGGCCGAUGCUCUUGUCGACAGUAUGGAGAAGCAGCUCGCUGAGCGCGGCGACAAGAAAGGAAUCUUCGAUCUCGAGUUUCAGAAUCCGAAGCACUUCACUUGGCUACUCGUUGCCUUCGCCUCGAUGGGUGGACUGCUCUCUGGUCUUGACCAAUCUUUGAUUUCUGGAGCCAACCUGUUUUUGCCAAAACCUGGUCAAUUGGAUCUUUCGGCUUCGCAAAACAGUCUGGUAAAUUCCGGCAUGCCGCUUGGUGCCGUCGGCGGUGCGAUCAUCCUGUCGCCAUGUAACCAGUGCCUUGGUCGUCGCUGGUCUAUCCUCAUUUCCUGCGUCCUGUACACGAUCGGAGCUGCGCUCGAGGCUGGAAGUAUCAAUUUCGGCAUGAUCGUUGCUGCCAGAGUCAUCCUGGGUCUUGGGGUUGGUCUCGAAGGCGGAACAGUACCAGUCUACGUCGCAGAGACGGUCGAACGCCGGCUACGCGGCAAUAUGGUCUCACUCUAUCAGUUCAACAUCGCUUUAGGAGAAGUACUAGGAUACGCAGUAGCAGCCAUGUUCCUCUCCGUACCCGGCAAUUGGCGCUACAUCCUCGGGUCUUCGCUCAUCUUCAGCACGAUCAUGGGCAUCGGCAUGUUGUUCAUGCCUGAAUCGCCUCGCUUCCUGAUGCACAAGGGACGCCCACUCGACGCCUACAAAGUCUGGAAGCGGAUUCGCGGUGUUCAUGAGAUCGAGUCCAGGGAAGAGUUCUUCGUCAUGAAGGUCUCGACCGAGGAAGAAGAAGCUGAAGUCGCUGCUGGGGCUGGUAGUAGACGCUUCCCGUGGAUGGAUUUCUUCACGAAGCCUCGUGCCCGUCGUGCUAUCAUCUACGCCAACAUCAUGAUCUUCCUCGGACAAUUCACUGGCAUCAACGCUAUCAUGUACUAUAUGUCCGUCCUCAUGUCCCAAAUCGGCUUCAACGAAUACAACGCCAACUACAUGUCCCUUGUCGGUGGUGGCUCCCUACUUAUCGGCACCAUCCCCGCUAUCCUCCUUAUGGAACGCUGCGGUCGUCGCUUCUGGGCCAUCGCCAUGCUACCGGGCUUCUUCAUCGGUCUCGUCCUCGUCGGAGUCAGCUACCACGUCAACAGCUUCCAGGGCACCGAAGCCGUCUACCUCACGGGUCUGAUCAUCUACGAGAUCUUCUUCGGCUCGUAUGCGUGCCUCACUUGGGUCAUCCCGGCAGAGGUUUAUCCGACAUAUCUUCGUUCCUACGGCAUGACGACCUCAGACGGCUGGCUCUUCCUCAGCAGCUUCAUUGUCACAUACAACUUCACCGGCAUGCAAAAAGCCAUGACGCCCACCGGCCUCUCACUAGGCUUCUACGGCGGGAUUGCGGUGCUCGGGUGGUUCUACCAGAUCUUUUUCAUGCCGGAGACGUCGGACAAGACCUUGGAGGAGAUUGACGAUAUCUUCCAGCGGCCGACGAUGGAAAUUGUGAGGGAGAAUGCGGCGAAUGCGAAGGAGACGACCAGAGAUCUGUUGGCAUUCAGGUGGAAGAAGGUUUUUGUUGAUGGGCAUGCGGUUAGGAGGGAGAGUAUUGUUGAGCCGGUUGAGGGGACGACGGGCGCUUGA